GUUUAUUUCGCAGUUACCCCUAUUUAUUUCAGAUGGUUUGUUCUGUCUUAUUAUCAGGAAGUGAAGGGCGGUGGUUGAGAAAAAGAGCAGCAUCGGGCUAGCUGACCAGUUUCUGUUUGUUGUCAGAAAUAAAGCAUUCACAAUGUCGAGCAAAAGAGCUAAGGGAAAGACCACAAAGAAGCGUCCUCAGCGCGCCACCUCCAAUGUCUUCGCCAUGUUUGACCAGUCUCAAAUUCAGGAGUUCAAGGAGGCCUUCAACAUGAUCGACCAGAACCGUGAUGGGUUUGUUGACAAAGAGGAUCUCCACGACAUGCUUGCCUCACUGGGGAAAAACCCAAAUGAAGACUACCUGGAGGCCAUGAUGAACGAAGCUCCAGGACCCAUUAACUUCACCAUGUUCCUCACCAUGUUUGGAGAGAAACUCAAUGGCACAGACCCUGAGGAUGUGAUCAGAAAUGCGUUCGCUUGCUUUGAUGAGGAGGGGACAGGUUUCAUCCAGGAAGAUUACCUCAGAGAGCUGCUCACAACAAUGGGUGACCGGUUUACAGAUGAGGAGGUGGACGAGCUCUUCAGGGAGGCCCCCAUCGACAAGAAGAGUAACUUCAACUAUGUGGAGUUCACGCGCAUUCUAAAGCACGGUGCCAAGGAUAAGGACGAUUGAGGAGCCGUGCCAGCAUUUUCCUGUGAAGCGCCUCCGCCUUUCUACCGUCGGCUAGAUCACGAUGCUGCAUGUCCCAGCUCUCAACAGUUAUAAAACCCAGUUUAAACAAACCAAAGCAAUAAAUUUUCACUCUGUUUGCUGUGAACUUCCAGUAUUGCCAAAUUUACAUGUCUCUGAUGAAAGGAAAAAAAAAAAAUCUGCCAUAUAAAGAUGUAAAAAGUGGCAGCACUUUGGAAGUUCUAAGGGAUAAGUUUUUGCCAUUCAUGUGAUCAGGUUCAGCUGGAUUUUUACAUUUUAUAAUAUAAACUUUUUAAAUAAAGCCCUCUAUCAAGUUGUA